AUAAAUACAUAGCUCGGCCAUACACCAUCUCAUCCCAUCCUCUCCUCCUCCCUCCGCAGAACCCUCUCCGGACGCCGGCGGGCCGGCGGCGACCGUAGCAACAUGAAGCUCCUUCCGACCGUCAUCCUUCUCCUCCUCGUCCUCCUUGCAUUCGAUGAUGUGGAGGCCCGAGGCACACCUAGGGCUCAUCGAUCAAAUCACCAGUGGUCCAGCAUGUUCGUCUUCGGCGACGACUUUGUCGACAACGGCAACGUUCCCAACAUCGUCGGUGAAAAGACGUCGCGGCAGUGGAGCUACCCCUACGGCUCUUAUCGCAACUCCAAUUGGUCUGGCGCUCCUGUUCCAACAGGACGCUUCUCCAACUACCGGAUGCAAUCAGAUUUUAUCGCAAGGAUGUUGGGCCUCACUGAAGCCCCUCCAGCGUACGAGCUCACAUCAGAUCAAUCUUGCGAUGCAUCUGGCAUGACCUUCGCUUUUGGCGGCGCUGGUGUCUUCAAGGUGACGUCGACAGCGAAGAAGGUGCCGACCCUUGCUGCACAGGUUCAAGCUUUCAAGAGGCUAGUCAACGACAAUGUCAUCUCCACACGACAGCUUCACCACUCUGUCGCACUCAUCGCCAUCUCAGGCAAUGACUACAUGAGCGGCUCCGAGGCCAAUAAUGGAUUCUACUCAAGCUUCAAUGAUCUCGAUAUUUACAUGGGAAACGUGGCGACCGAGAUCCUAGAUAAUGUGGCGCAACUGCAGAUGCUUGGUGUGAGGAAGGUUCUAGUAAAUAACUUGCAUCCCAUUGGUUGCAUGCCUUCACAGACUAGUUCGAACAACUACACCACAUGUGACCUUCUUGGCAAUUAUGGUGCAUCGGUGCACAACAAGUAUCUAAACCAAAUGAUCGGAGAAAGGGACAACGUCCACGUACUGGACCUCUACUCCGCCUUCACCGACAUCGUGAAUCACGCCCCUGGUGAAGGGUCAGAUCGGUCCAAGGACUUCAAGCGCAAGCUGACCCCGUGUUGCGAGAGUUCCUAUGAGGGAGGGUACUGUGGGGAGCGUAGCAGUUCAGGGAAGCACCUCUAUGACCUAUGUGAGAAUCCCGACAAGAGCUUCUACUGGGACGAGACACACCCAACACAUGCUGGGUGGGAGGCGGUAAUGGAGGCGCUGGAGCAACCUUUGAUGGAAUUUCUCGAUCAGGACUACGUUCCAUGAUGCCUCGUAUUUUUGGCAGAAGCUUGAUUAUUUGAUAGUUUUGGUGCCGUAUCUUUUAGGUUAGCAUUAUAUACAGUAUGCGUAUUUAGGGGUGAGCUUCAGAGGUAUUAUUUUCGUCAUGUUUAGCUUUACCUUUAGUCUAGUAGUAGUCUUUAUAGGUGAACUUGUUCCAAAUUGCUUAAUGUCUCGUAUUGCCAUGCACUUUGUAGCAAGAUGGUACAAAAGAGGGAUAAAGUAAACAAUUCA